UUGUGUCCCAGACUUACUCUGAUAAAUGAUCAGAUUCCUUUCGGUCUCAAAUCUAACAUCAUGUCCGUUUUUUGUCAGUUGUUGGUCUAAAUUUUUUUGUUUUUCCGACUUGAAAAUUUCUUCUUUACCCGUCUAACACUCCUCCGGCGAAAGACACUAAAAAUUCAAUGUUUGCUUGAAAUCGGGAGGCCGUUCGUCCCGCGAGAGUGUACUGGAGAGGAGAUUCAAAUAGAACCCUGGCUCGAUACCAAGAUAGUGAGCCAGUCGCUGCCACCGGAGGCAGUCCCCGGAUACCGAUCUGCAUUAACUCAUUCGCUGUAAGGCCGAAGAGCCAUCACAGACGUGAAUUAUGUGAUAGCGGCAAUUUGGGGACAGGGCCGGGCUUACCACUGGGCCGCAGGAGCAGCAAGAUCGUCAAGAGCAAGAUCGGCAGCCGGAGUCCGAAUCAGAGGUUGCGACACCGAGGGACACAAGUUGCGAGCACCACCUGCCCAUCUUCCAGGGCCAUGGCCAUCCACGAGCAGAUCGACAACCUCAACAUCUGGUGGUUCCCGCGCGAUUUCUGUCAGUCGCGCUUUGGCGAGUUCCAGCAGAGUGGCACCAACUCCUGUACGCUGGUCUCCCUCAUCCUCGCCGACAAGGUGGACAAGGCGGAGCGCUUCUACCACAGAGUCUCCGAUCUGCCGAUGCGGGGAUGGGAGCUCUUUGGCAAUGCGAUGAACGAUGGGAAUAACGUGUACCACAAUGUGAUCACCGUGAACACGCCGCAGGCCAGGAACAUCAACCUGAACAUUCCCGACGCCAUUGCGGCCAUCCGGUCGCAGCACAAGAUCAACUUCCGACUGGAGGAGUGGUUCUACACGCACAUGGAGGCAGAUCCCACCAAUCCGAUGUACAACAGGAACGUGGCCGUCCAGCUGUCGCGGCUAUUCCAGGCGACGCUGCCGGUAUUCCAGAAGGCAGGCUCACCCUCGCACCUGUUCGCAGCCAUAAUCGCGGACAGUCGGACGGUGAUGGUAACCUUCGACUUCCGGGCCUCGAUCGUCGCCCUCUUCGACUCGCACCAGCACGGACGGGAUGCGGGGGCCGUGUUCGCCCAGUGCACGCUUCAGAACAUGGAUGACCUGCUCUUCUGGUUCGUCAGCAUGCUGCACAACGUCUACUCCAGCCGGCCAUCGCUCUUCGAGAUCUCGUUCCUCAGUUCGCAGCCGGGGAUGUCCAAGCGGUAUCCUCCAGCCAUUCGGAAGAUUGCUGGGGAGAUGAAGAAAUCGGGCAAGAUGAAAACUCCAAGGUCUUGAAACUAAUCAUCGGACAACAGUAUCCUCCAUCCAGUACACAUUCCCAACGUUCGAGGGGACGGGGGAAGCAAUUUCAAGGUCAAUCAGGAUCGAAAUUUCAAGUUUAUAAUAUCCCACUUUUGUGUCUUUGGGCCUUUGGACAAUGAAAUUCGAAAUUUUCAAUAGACCAUCAACCAAUAAAUAACGAACUUAA